CGUCCUGCCUCGCGGCCGCCCCUCCUCCUCUCCGUCCACCUCCUCAUCCCCCAUCCACGACCACCGCCCUCCCGCCCCGCGAGACAACCGUGUAUGCGACCUCUUACCCUCCACUCCUCCGCGCUCAAUGAUGCCGAAUACGCCGUGUACAUCGCGUGCCUGCGCGACCUCGCCGAGGACGAGCCCGACAUGCAGGCCAGCGACACGUUCUACGAGAACAUGAAGGUCGGCGUGCGCGAGGCCCGGGCGUGGCUCCGCGGCCGCUAUUCCUCCCUCGCGCCCGGGAUGAUCGACUCGAUCCUCCGCCUCUUUUGCCCAAGCCUCGCGCCCGCCGACGUCCUCACAGGCAGCCAGCUCUUUGCUGUCCUGAGGCUCGUGUACCAUGCGCUCAAUGGGAGGGACAUCGACAAGGGUCUCGUCUUCGUCCAAGCUCAUCCUGAUCCACAACCGUCGUUCCCCGCGCGACUGUCCAUUGAUCGACUACCUCCACCUCCUCCUAGCUAUGACCCACCCUCCCCAGACAAGAACCCCUUUAGCAUCGCUGACCUCCCCCUCAAGUCCGCCCCCAUGGUCCCAUCGAAGUCCGCGCCGCUCCCCCCGGCCGUUCCUCCCAAGCCCUCCACGAACCCCUUCCUCGCGCGUCGCGGCUCCGAAGAGGGCCACCGGCCAUCCGCACUCGGCGAGCGGGAGCGCCCGCCAAACCCGAACGCGCGCGCGCGGAGCGAGGGCCGCACGCCGCCGCUGCCCCCGCGCAAGCCGAGCAUCCCGGUCGUGCCCUCCCUCCCGCCGCGCCACUCGUCGCUCGCGAAGAUGCCCGAGACGAUCACCCCCGGCACGAGCGCGGCGAACCCGAACGUGCUCAUCCAGCAGAGCCUCCAGGCGACGCGUGUCGCGCAGAGCCUGAAGAAGGCGGAGCAGCGCCUCCAGCAGGAGCGCGUGUGGGAGGUCCUCAAGAGCAGCAACCCGUCCGCCUCGAGCGUCCAUACCCUGCGGAGGACACGCAGCAUCAGCCCCACGAAGGACCCUGCUGCGCAGUCGUCCUCUGGUUCGUCGGGCUCAGAUAGGAGGGAGCGCCUGCGGGACCGGCCUGCGCCGUCGCUCCCGCCACGAAGGAAGCUGAGCCCUCCCGCGUCAGCCAUCUCGGGCUCCACGACGCGCUCGUUCGAGUCCGUCGCGCGCGCGAGCAUCCCAACCUCGCUAUCGCGCACCCGCGGCGUGAUCUCGAUCUCGCCCUCCGCGUCCGCUUGCACCUCGCCCACGCGCACGCCGCCGCGGCCGCUGGCUGACCUGCCCGCGGAGCCGCCCCCGACGCACCCCGACCGCAAGCCGACGCUGCCCGGCGUCGACGGCGAGCGCAGCGGCCCGAGCUCGCCCUCCACGACGGGCGAGUUCCCGCGCGUGUACCGCAGCAAGAGCAUGAACCACCCGUCGCCCCCGCCGCUCCCGCCGCUGCGCCGGAAGCGCCCCGAGAGCGUGCAGCUGCCCCCGAUCUCGUCCGCCUCGCCGUCGCCCGUGGACUCGCCGUUGUUCAUGAGCCCGUCGCGGCCGAGCUUCCCGAGCUCGGGCACGGGCGCGGGCACGCAUAGUCUGAGCAGGCACCACUCGCUCUCGGGCGUGGGCCGCCCGCGCCCCGGGGAGGUCCUCCAGGAGCCGAUCGCGAACUUGCAGAAGACGUUAUCGAGCUUGGGCCAGAAGGCCGCGCCGAGGCUGGACAGCGCGAGGUACAAGGCGGAGGCGGUGUUCAACCCGCGCGGGUUCGUGCAGCACUCGCACUCGCGCCCCGGGCUGAGUGGUCUCAGCGGCCGGUGGGGCGUGCAGGAGGGCGAAGAGAAGUUGAUCGACAGCGACGACGAGGCUGUGGGCGAUGGGGAGAGCUCGGUCGGGCAGGAUAUCACCGGGGACUCUGCGAGGAACCCCGGUGGCGAGGAGCCGGAGUGGAGUCAGCGAUUGAGGAGACUCAAGAUGGGCGAAGUGGAGAACGACGGUGGGCGGGAGAGCCCGUCGCGGAGGAGCUUUGGUGUCGAGAGAGACGAGCUCAAGUGGCCGGCCGGCGAGGGCUGGAAGCGACUGUAGGUCCUGGUUUGACACAAGUGAGAUGUAUCGUAGUAUAUAGAACGGGCAGUGGCCCUCGACCGGCAGUAGUCUGUAUAUCCUGUAUUGGUAUAAUCGUCUAUAUCGCUGUCCGCGCAACUGCAGUUUACUCAGGAGCCAC